CCAGACUAAUUAAAUUAAUUUAUUGUUGAAGACGAAUUGACGAUGACCGAGGCAAAUCGUACGAGCUGGGCCAGUCUGCUGUGAAGUGCAUGCGAGGCAUACUAGAAUGUUGGAUCAAGCAGGCUGACAGAAUAGAGCUGUUCAAGAAAAACCAGAGUGAAAAACAUGCCUUGCAUUGUAAAUUUCAUUUGGUUACGGGCGACAGUGUCUACGAAGAUGAUGAAUAUUCACAUCUGCAGAUUGAUGCAGUAUCAUUGUACCUCUUAUUUCUUGUACAAAUGAUCACAUCUGGCCUGCAAAUAAUAUACACACAAGAUGAGGUUGCUUUUGUGCAGAAUCUUGUAUACUAUGUGGAAAGAGCUUACCGAACACCUGACUUUGGAAUGUGGGAGAGAGGCAGUAAAUACAAUGUUGGAGUACCAGAAAUACAUGCAAGUUCCAUAGGAAUGGCGAAGAGCGCAUUGGAAGCCAUCAAUGGAUGUAACCUGUUCGGUGAGAAGGGGGCCUCGUGGUCGGUCAUUUAUGUUGAUAUUGAUGCUCAUAACAGAAAUCGAAGCAUUUUUGAGACACUCUUGCCUCGAGAAUCAAGCUCCAAGGGGUUGGAUGCUUCUCUGUUACCUACCAUCUCAUUUCCUGCGUUCGCAACACAUGAUGAAAGUUUAACAGCAAAGACGAAGGAAAAUGUGACUAAGAAGCUGAAAGGGAACUAUGGAUUUAUUAGAUUUGAGAGAGAUGGGUACAAGUGCUCUAUAGAAGAUACCAGUCGACGUUAUUACAAGACAGGAGAGACCAAGGAGUUUGAAAAUGUUGAAUGUGAGUGGCCAGUUUUCUUCCUCUUCAUGAUAAUCGAUGGGGUUUUCAAAUCGCUUCCUGAUCAAGUUGAAGAAUACAAAGGUCUCUUGAAAAACCUUAUUUGUAAAGAUCAGAAUGGCGAUCCAUGCAUUCCGAUGUACUUCUACGUGGCGGAGGAGAACGUGGAGGCGGAACGCGCCGAGCCGGGCACACAGGGCCGCUGCAACAGCAGCGAGGGAUCAGGUGGCAGCGAGCCGCUCUACCUCUGGAAUCAGGCCAUGUUUGUGAUGGCACAGCUGCUCACCUCUGGUCUGCUGCACAUCAACGAGCUCGAUCCAAUCAGGCGCUAUCUGCCCAGCUACAGCAGGCCCAGGCGAGGUGGCAGAUAUUCUGCUUUUCAGGCUAGGCGAUUGAAAGGAACAGCCACUGAUCUGGUUGUUCAAAUAGUUCUGAUAGCUGAAUCUAUGAGACUGCAAGCAAUGAUGGCAACAUACGGCAUUCAAACGCAAACUCCGCACGAAGUGGAGCCAGUACAGAUCUGGUCUUCCAAUCAGUUGGUCAAAGUCUACCAACAUCUCGGAGUCAAUUCUAAAUUGAAUCUUAACGGCAGGCCUAGUCGUCCCAUUGGAGCACUUGGUACAAGCAAGGUGUACAGAGUCUGUGGUAUGACUGUUCUAUGUUACCCAUUGAUAUUUGAAGUUUCACAGUUCUAUUUAUAUCGUGACAUGGCUCUUCUAAUAGAUGAUAUCAAAACUGAAUUGUGCUUUGUCAGCAAAUACUGGCGACUAUCAGGUAGACCGACUGUCUGCCUUCUAAUUCGAGAAGAGCAUAUGAGAGAUCCUCAAUUCAAGCAGAUGCUUGAUUUAAUGGCUAUGCUAAAAAAAGGCUACUGUGAUGGGAUCAAGGUGCGAAUUGGGCGUCUACAGAAUCUUAUUUCAUCCUCAUGUAUUGAACACCUAGAUUUCAUGAAUAUGGUUGACCCUGGUGAAGUAAGUUUCAAUCAAAUCAAACAGCUACAGCACGACUAUAUUGGUUAUCAAAGCUUGACUGAUGUGCCCAAAGCAACUGCCUAUACUGAACAACCAACAGACCUAAUAGAUUAUGAAAACAGACCUCUUCAUGAAUUACUCGACGCAAUAAGAAAUUCAAGCGGGUUACAUGUGAAGUGUCAAUUGUAUGGGAUCCUUAUGAAUCGAAAAGGAGCUGAUUAUGAGUUUAAUGGAUUGACAGUGGAAGAACAUCUGAGAGGACUCUACCACACUGCCGGUUGUCUGCAUUACUGGAUAGUUGUGAGAUAUUGCAGUGCUUUACUGCACCACACAGUCGACAGUAUAAGUCCGUUCAUCACAACAGUACUAGUCAAUGGUAAACAGCUCUCAGUUGGUGUUAUUGGACGAGAAGAAACAGUGUUUGAUAAGCCAUUGACACCUGCAGAAAUAAGAUCAGCAUUCUACAAGCGCAUACAACCCUACGAUAAAAUCCAAGCUGUACUUCAGCAAGAGAUAGUUCUUUAUUGUGGGAGGCUCAUUGCUACAAAUCCAGACAUGUUCAAAGGAAUAUUGAAAAUUCGAGUUGGUUGGGUUCUGGAAGCGAUGAAAAUCUAUCUGGAGAUGAAUGGUAAGGCUGCCAACAGUUUGGCCAAUCACAGUCCUUAUCAAGUGCGCAAACUGCUUUACAAAGUGUUGUCAGUUCACAAGGAUAGCAACUGUGGACAAUUAAGCGUGCUGGAGAAGCGCCGUAUCGAGGGCUGCCUGUGCCGGGUGCCGUCUUCGUUCUACAACCACGUGUGGGACGUGAUGGAGCGAACGCCGGGCGGACUGCGCGUGCGCGGGUACAUCUUGCCGCAGCAACCCACCCUCUCCGAGAUGACUCGCUCCGAACUCACCUUCGCGCUCCUAGUCGAGCAGACGCUCAACCGCAUACACCAGCCCGAGUACCGCCAGAUCAUUGUCGAAUUGUUGUGCAUCGUCUUCACGAUAUUGAACCGAAAUCCAGAGUUGAGCUUCCGGAAUCAAUUAGAUCUUGACCAGCUGGUUACUGAUGCCUACACCAUGUUUUGUAAGGAUGGUGACUUGAAAGAGCCAAGCAUCGAGGUGUUCUUCUCAUCAGAGCAAUCCAUCACCACCGGUUACUUGGCACGAGCAGUUGUCAACAAUGUCCUGAAAGGAGGUCAACUGCUGCAGAGCACCGCCACCUCUGAUGCUAUCGCGUCAAGGAAGGGCAAUGCUGACCAAUGUAGAUUGCAGUAAUUUAUAUUCCUAUGACUGUGGGUAUGUCUUGUCAGACCCCAUUUAUAGACCGGUUGUUUAUAGAUUUAUUUAUGUUUGUAACUUGUUUAUUUUUGACUGAAAUAAAGUUUAUUUAUUAGUA